AUGGCAGCAAGGAAAGACCUAAAUGAAGAGAGUUUCUUGAAACUUUUAGAAGACCUUCCAUCGGAUUACGACUCCGAUACAGAUGUAGAAGAGGAUAUAGAUGACCCCGAGUUUGAGGAUGACCUUACCCAAUUCAGCCACAAUACUGUAUCAAUUGAUCCUUUAUUACGAGCUCAAAGAGAGUCUGAAGAAGCCACAGCAAAUUAUGAACUUAUUGCAACUCACCUGGAGCAUCCUACAUCAGACAAAGAGGGGCAUCCCUCUACUAGUUAUCAGUGUCAGCACGACAGACGGCGUUGGAGGAAGAAGCCGGAAGCUGCUCAGAAUGUAGAGUUCCAACCUAAUUCAAUGAAUGAGAAUUCAUAUUCGUCUGCACUCCAUGCCUUUCUACAAUUUUUUGAUGAGGACACAAUCAGCAAUAUUGUUUAUCAGACAAAUCUUUAUAGUGUGCAAAAGGGUAGAGCAAUAUCUUUGAGCAAAGAUGAAUUUUAUGUGUUCUUAGGUAUCAACAUAGUAAUGGGUUAUCAUAAACUUCCAGGUUUGCAUCAUUAUUGGGCAACAGCUGAAGACCUGGGUGUUAGGCCUAUUCGAGAAGCAAUGGCACGUGAUAGAUUCAUGAGUAUUCUUAGUAAAUUGCACUUGAAUGACAACUCCAAAAUGAAUCCAAAUAAUAAGGAUAAGCUAUAUAAGCUAAGGCCACUUAUUGAAAACCUAAAUAGGAUUUUUUUGGACAUAAGGUCUCCCGGAGAACAGCUAAGUGUUGAUGAAUCAAUGAUUCGUUUCAAAGGGAGAUGUAGUUUCAAACAAUAUAAUCCCAUGAAAGCAAUCAAAAGGGGUUAUAAAAUGUGGUGUCUUGCAGAUAAUGCAGGAUACAUUUUUAAGUUUGAUAUAUAUACUGGCAAAGGGGGAGACACUGAGCCAAAUUUGAGGAAAGAAUAUGGUUUAGGUGGAGAAGUAGUUCUGAAAUUGACCGACCAUCUCAGAGGCAAAAAUCACAAAGUCUUCUUUGACAACUUUUUUACAUCUUUUGCUCUCCUAGAAGUAUUGCAAAGUUUUCGGAUUCAAGCAUGUGGCACUAUCAGACCAACAAGAAAAGAUUUUCCUUGUCUAGCAGGUGACAAAGAACUAAAAAGAGGAGACUUUGAUUACAGGUCCACACCAAAUGGUAUAAUUGCCUACAAAUGGAAGGAUAAUUAA